UACGGUCCACGCAGCCCGCGGGACUCAGACACCAGGGAUCCCAGAUGGGGGCGAUGGCGCCGCGCACGCUGCUCCUGCUGCUGGCGGCCGCCCUGGCCCCUACUCAGACCCGAGCGGGCCCACACUCGCUGAGGUAUUUCUACACCGCCGUGUCCCGGCCGGGCCUCCGGGAGCCCCGGUUCAUCUCUGUCGGCUACGUGGACAACACGGAGUUCGUGCGCUUCGACAGCGACGCGGAGAAUCCGAGGAUGGAGCCGCGGGCGCGGUGGAUGGAGCAGGAGGGGCCGGGGUAUUGGGAGGAGCAGACACAGAUCGCUAAGGGCAAUGAGCAGAGUUUCCGAGUGAGCCUGAGGAACCUGCUCGGCUACUACAACCAGAGCGCGGGCGGCUCUCACACGAUCCAGGCGAUGUAUGGCUGUGAGGUGGGGUCCGACGGGCGCCUCCUCCGCGGGUAUGAGCAGUCCGCAUACGACGGCAGCGAUUACAUCGCCCUGAACGAAGACCUGAAAACGUGGACGGCGGCGGACACGGCGGCGCAGAUCUCCCGACGCAAGUGGGAGCAGGCUGGUGAAGCAGAGAGACACAGGGCCUACCUGGAGGGCACGUGCGUGGAGUGGCUCCGCAGAUACCUGGAGCGCGGGAAUGCGACGCUGCUGCGCACAGAUUCCCCAAAGGCACAUGUGACCCAUCACCCCAGAUCUGAAGUUGAAAUCACUCUGAGGUGCUGGGCCCUGGGCUUCUACCCUGCUGACAUCACCCUGACCUGGCAGUUGAAUGGGGAGGAGCUGACCCAGGACAUGGAGCUUGUGGAGACCAGGCCUUCAGGAGAUGGAACCUUCCAGAAGUGGGCAUCUGUGGUGGUGCCUCUUGGGAAGGAGCAGAAUUACACAUGCCAUGUGUACCAUGAGGGGCUGCCAGAGCCCCUCACCCUGAGAUGGGAGCCUCCUCCAUCCACUGACUCUUACAUGGUGAUCAUUGCUGUCCUUGGAGCUGUGAUCAUCAUCAUUGUUGCUGUGGUGGCUUUUAUGAUGAAGAGGAGGAGAAACACAGGUGGAAAAGGAGGGAACUAUGCUCUGGCUCCAGGCUCCCAGACCUCUGAUGAGUCUCUCCCAGAUUGUAAAGUGAUGGUUCAAGACCCUCAUUCUCUACCAUGAAGACAGCUGCCUGGUGUGGACUUGGUGACAAACAAUGUCUUCACAUAUCUCCUGUGACAUCCAGAGCCCUCAGUUUUCUUUAGUCAAGUGUCUGAUGUUCCCUGUGAGCCUAUGGGCUCAAUGUGAAGAAUGGUGGAGCGCAGUCCACACCUGCACACCAGGACCCUGUCCCUGCACUGCCCUGUGUUCCCUUCCUUAGCCAACCUUGCUGGUUCAGCCAAACACUGGUGGACAUCUGCAUCCUGUCAGCUCCAUGCUACCCUGACCUGCAACUCCUCACUUCCACACUGAGAAUAAUAAUUUGAAUGUGGGAUGCUGGAGAGAUGGCUCAGCGCUGACUGCUCUUCCAAAGGUCCCGAGUUCAAAUCCCAGCAACCACAUGGU